AUGUCAAAGAGAGUAUUUGAUAGCGAUCUGAUAUUUGACUUGGAUAAUAGUCAAGAGGAGAUCGAAAAGACUGAAGACGAACAGACUGAAGAUGAAAGUGAAUCGGUAAAUGCAAAACGUUUGAAAUAUUUCGCUAAUUUCGAUAGUAAGAGUCAGUCUAAUAGUAGUAGUAGUAGUAGUAGUAGUAAUAGCAACAGUAGCAAUAGUAAUAAUAGUAACAGUAAUAAUAGUAAUAAUAGUAACAACAGCAGUCAUAGUAAAGUUUAUAAAAGUGUCAGUGCUCCGAAUGUAACAGUAUCACCUACGAAACCAAGCAAUAUAGUUAGAUCUUCAUCAACCAAUUUAUAUGUUAAGAAAUCAGAUUCUGUUGUUGUAAUCGAUCUCGAUGAUGAUGAUACCGAACCUGAAUCCGAACCUAAAUUUAAUAUAAAACAACAAAAUAAUAAUAAUUAUAAUAACAACAGUAGCAGCAGUAGUAAUAUAAAUAGUAAUAGCAAUAGUAGUAAACACAUUACUUUAAAUAGUUCUUUUGAAUUUGAUUUCGAUGAUGACACUGAUAAAGAAACAGAUUCACAUCCAAAUCAAUAUCAAUCAAGAAACACAAUCAACACCAAUAACGAUAGUAAAAAUAAAUCAAAACAAUCAAGCAAUAAUCUUGGCGUAACAGAAGAUGAAGAAGAUCAAAUCUUACAAGAAGUAUUAAAAAGAUCGUUAGUAGAGACAAAAAUGAAUAAUAAAGGUGGUAGUAAUAGUGACAGUCCCAAACAACAAAAUGGAUAUAGGAAUAAUAAUAAUACUACUACAACUACAACUACAUCAUCAUCAUCAUCAUCCAACUCACCUAAAAGUAAUACCUCUAUUAGUGGAAGUUCAUCUGUCAAUAAUAGUGGUGAAAUAUUUUAUCUUAAUCAACUACCAACGAAUCAUUCGAGUAACUUUAUCAAUAUAUUCAACAUCUUUGGUAAACCUGGAAUGAAAUCAGCGCUGGUCAGUGGAUUUGCUUUAGAUUGGAAAUGGAUAAGAUCACAAAUUAAGAUUUGUCAAAACAAUGAAGUACCAAUAACUUUUAUUAAAGAUUAUAAUUUAAAAGAUGAAAAGCCUGGAAGAUUUCAAUCACCAGAGCAUGAAGAUAUCUUAUUUAUAAAUCCACCAAUGAAUAAUGGUGGUUUUGGAUGUCAACAUUCUAAAUUAAUGUUGUUGGUUUACGAUGAUUCGAUUAGAGUUGUGAUUCCAUCUGCCAAUCCAACGAGAUUUGAUUACGAUGAUAUCGGACAAACUAUUUGGUUUCAAGAUUUCCCAAAGGUGAACAGCCAACCUCCUCCAUCUCAAUUUCAAGAUACACUUAAGCUGUUUAUCAAAAGCUGUGCACUUCCCAACACCUUUCUAGACAAAUAUGAUUUCUCUAUCGCCAAAGUACAUCUUAUCGUUUCGAUACCUGGAUAUCAUAGAGGUGCCAGUAUGAAUCAAUGUGGACAUAUGCAACUUCGCUCGAUUCUAAAGAAAUACUAUACCGAUAAAGAAAACGAUUUAAAACACUCUGACUUUCCAAUAAUCAUAAAGAAAAGAGAAGUUCACUCUCAAACAUCAUCACUCGGAUUGGUUAAUGAUAAAUGGAGUCCACAAUUUUUAGAGAGUACACAAACCCUGACAAAAUCAAAAUUGGUAGAUCCUACUGGUUUAUUGCAUAUACUGUUUCCAAAGAAUCUAAUCUUACAUAGCAAGAUCAUCACAGGAACAACGAAAUUCGAACACAAUGAUAAGCUUAGAUUCGAUUGGGUUUAUGUUGGAAGUCAUAAUCUCUCACCUGCUGCAUGGGGUAGAUUACAAAAAGAUAAUUCACAACUCUAUAUUUCAAAUUUCGAAAUAGGAGUAUUGCUUUUAAAUGAAAAACCAUAUGAUGAUCUGACUCCACCGAAAUGGCAUCAGAAUAUUCCAUUUGAAAUACCUGCAGCACCCUAUAAAGACUCUGACCGACCAUUUAUGCAAGAUAAACUAUAA